AUGAGUCCUCCAGCCCCAGUCAUCGACGGAGAGACGCCCUCGGGAACGCCUCGCCUCUUGAUCGAGUUCCCCCCCGCGGCAUCUGCUGACAAUGCCGCCGACGUCUCUGCCAUCACCGAGCUCGUGAACCGCGUCUUCAUCGAAGGAGAAGCCGGCAUCUGGAACAAUGGCUACGUGCGCACCUCUGACGCCGAGGUAGCAGACCUCAUCCGCAAGGGCCAGCUAGCCGUCGCCCGUCUCGCCUCUCCCGCUGCAACAUCUGCGAAGGAACUUCUUGGCCGAAAGGGCCGGCUGGUGGGAUGCGUGUGUGUCAAGCAAAACUCGGGCUCAAUGUGCACUCUGAGCAUGCUUGCCCUGGACAAGACGUACCAAGGACUUGGGCUGGGCCGCGAGAUGUUCCAGUUCGUCGAGGACUACUGCCUGUCUCUGGGCUGCACCACGCUCGGGCUGGACAUCCUGGUGCCGACGACCUACGACCAUCCGCUCAAGACGAGGAUGCAGGCGUGGUACAAGCGACGCGGCUUUCGAGAGACCAGGCUGGCCGACUUUGCGGAGGAGUAUCCUGCGCUGGCGCCGUUGUUGAGAGGACCUGUUGUGUAUAGGGUGUUUGAGAAGAAGCUGAGGUGA